AAAUUAGUGUGUAUACCCACGUAAUUUCCAAACCUAAACGAAUAUGCUAUACAUUUAAAAAAUAUUUUAAAAUGCAAAAAAAAGUGGAAAAAGAAAAACCAUGGGCUCAAAUAUUUGCUGUUUUUACUGUGUCUUUAUCAUCAAUUUCAAUAUUCAUCUUCCUAUCCUGGCCAUCAACUUCAAUAAAAAAACUUACAGCUGAUAAAGUUUCCUACAACAUCAGUGAUGAGGAAGCGUCAUAUUUUACAGUGGUGCCACCCGUAGCAUCUAUUUUAAUCAGCCCUGUCAUAUCAAAACUGAACGAUCAAAUAGGCAGAAAGUACACCAUACUUACAAUUGGAGUACUCCAGAUUAUAUCAUGGGUUUUGAUUAUUUUCGCCAAAUCAAUUUGGAUGUUCUACUUGUCCAGGUGUUUUUAUGGAAUGGCCGAAUCGGGGUUUUACACUUCAGUGCCCCUGUAUAUAGCGGAAAUUUGCGCGCCCAAAAUACGGGAAACUGGCGGAAACUUCAUGAUGUUUGUUAUGUAUCUCGGAUUGAUUCUAUCGAAUGCUGUGGGGAGUUCAUAUACGAUACGGGAAGAGGCGUUUAUUUUUGUUUGUUUUCCUGUGUUAUUCGUUGUUAUUUUCAUGUUCAUGCCGGAGUCUCCGACGUAUUUGAUAAUGAUAAACAAAGAUGAAGAAGCUAGGAACACUUUGAAGUGGCUGACGAUGCAAAGUGAUGUUGAGGAAGACUUUACAUCUCUUAAAAAUUCUGUUCAUGCAGACAUGUUGGAAUCUGGGACAUGGACGGAUUUAUUUUGCAUUACAAGCAAUAGAAAGGCUUUGUGCGCAGGUGUGUUUCUAAGAUUGUCCCAGCAGUUGGCGGGACUUGGGACGUUUUGUGCAUACACCCAAGUAAUUUUUGAAAAAGCUGGAGGAAAUUUAUCCCCAACGCUAGCAUCAAGUAUCAUUACUGGAUGCCUCUGUAUCUUCAUUGUAACUGGAUUUUUUGUUCUGGAUGCACUUGGACGUAAAAAAACCUACAUCACAUCAACAUUCUUCUCUGGCGUAUCAUUGCUGGUAAUCUCCAUCUACUUUUUCCUGGAUGAACACGCAUCAACCUUGGACCUGACAAAAUUCACAAUGCUGCCGUUCAUAGCAUCCAUAUCCUACACAUUUUUCGUCACCAUGGGAUUGGCAACACUGCCUGUGAUAAUGCCGGGCGAAUUAUUUUCCACCAGCAUCAAAACUAAAGGAUUGGCUCUACUGAACAUUGAAUACGCUUUCUGUUUGUGCUUCAUGACCAAGUUGUUCUACGAACUGAAAAACAGAGUUGGCAUGUUCUGCCCCUUUCUUUUGUUCGGCGUGAGUUGUUUGGUGGCCACUGUCGUUUCCUUUUUUGUAGUGCCCGAAACCAAAGGAAAGACUCUUGAGGAAAUACAACAGGAUUUAAGAAGAAAAAAUGUACAAUGAUUUUUGUUAUGUAAUUAAUGUUAUAUAUUAAAAUACUGAAUACCUUUUGACAUAAGGAAUAAAGGAAAAAUAUUUAAUAAAAUAUUUUUCCAAAGAUAAAGAAAAAAUAUGCAUUAGAAGUUUUUUAUAUUUUUUGUGAUACGACACUGGUUACACACUUGGUUUAUCUCUGCACACUUGUAUUCUGUGAGUACAUAGAUACCAACCAACAAAGUAGCUACGCGUUGCCAGAUGUAAAAAAUUGUUACUAAAAAUUUUUCUUGCAAAAAAUAAAUAAAAACACAAUAAAUACAAAAGUUUUAUGCCCUUAAAGCUCUAAUACCCUUCUGUAUUUAUUUACUCAUCCAGCUAUUAGCUUAAGCAAUGAUUAGAAAAUUUAGUACCUAUUUUAAAAAAUCCAUAACCACAAAAUUAAUUUUUUCAUCAGUUUUUUUCUUUCUGUUUACUCAGAUGAAAUUGGGACCAGUUCACAGGUUAAACUUUAAACAUUUAAUUUGUGUAAAUAAAUUCAAAAGCACUUCCCUUAGUUAAGAUAUUUACAAUUUGAGCACAUAACCUAAAAUUUGAAAGAAAUGCACUAGAUUCUGUCAUAA